AUGAUAACUGAAUUUACUCUAGACCAAGAACGAGACGGCUGGGGUCCCCCACCGGAACACCCUCCAUUCGAAGAAUUACUCAAAGCAAAAGAAGACGCCUGUAAUUUGUGUUAUUUAGGAUUUUGUAAAAAAAAUGACCAUAUUAUAUGGGGUGCUAUUAUGCAUUGGAACUGGGACGAUAUUCAUUCAAACAUAUAUUUAUGGUGUUCUGUCUGCUCAAAAAAUAAUCACAAUACUAGUGAUUGUAAAUUUAAAAAAGCAAUAGAAAUCGAAAAAGAAAAAUUUAUAUGCAGCAAAUGUUCUAGAAAAUUUAAGCCAGUAUUUCAUUAUCAUGGUGAAAGGUGUCCUCUUAAAUGGAAUAAUGAAUGGGCAAAUAAUUUUGAGGAAAUUGAUUUUUAA